AUGAUUAUCAUGAACACACAGGUUGACGGCUACACUGUUAUGCCUGAACGUUACAUACUUCCCGCUACACUGGUUAGCCAUGCUGCAGGGUUGAAAAUCAAAGACUACGUCAAGUCAACUAAGGCACCAACAGCCACAAUCUUGUUUAAAGGAACUGUGAUUGGUGGGGAUAAGCCAUCGGCUCCAUCAGUCGCCUCCUUUUCUUCCAGAGGCCCAAACACACUGAGCCCGGGGAUUAUGAAACCAGACAUUAUCAGACCCGGCGUUAACAUUAUAGCGGCAUGGCCAGUUCCUGUGGAGAGCAACAUUAAUUCGCAACCAAAAUUUAAUUUGAUGUCCGGCACCUCAAUGGCAUGCCCUCACCUUAGUGGCAUUGCAGCUUUACUCAAGAAUUCACACCCUGAUUGGUCGCCCGCUGCCAUCAAGUCUGCAAUCAUGACCACCGCCGACGACACACUAACCGGGGGAGAAAAUCCCAUUACCGACGAAAAUCUUCUUCCCGCCGAUAUCCUUGCCACCGGCUCUGGCCAUGUUAACCCAUCAAAAGCAAACGAUCCGGGGCUUAUUUACGACAUCCACCCUGAUGAUUACAUUCCUUAUUUAUGUGGUUUGAAUUACGAUGAUGAAAUGGUAGGGGCUAUUCUGCAUACGACACGCGCGGGGGAUAUCAAGUGCUCAGAAGUGAAAAGCAUACCUGAAGCACAACUGAAUUAUCCUACGUUUGCAAUUACACUGGUGUCUAGUAGUGACACUCAGACUUACACAAGGAUGGUGACAAAUGUGGGGCGAGCUAACUCGACUUACAGUGUGGAUGUUUUUGCGCCUCGAGGGAUAGGCGGCAUAAACGUAACACCUGCAGAGAUGACAUUCACAGAGGUGAACCAGACGGCGACUUACACAGUGACAUUCAUCCCAACAAGCGACGCUGUCAAGCCGCAGGGUUUUGCUCAGGGAUAUCUCAUAUGGGUUCCUGAUCACUACUCCGUUAAAACCCCAAUAUCUGUCACUUACGUAUGA